UAGCACAACACAUCAACCUCUAAUUGUAGCAUCUACUAGGAUGGAUUAAGUUGUGUGUUCGCGAGACUUGCUUUAAGGGGGAAUAAUUGACAGCUUUAAAUUGAAGUUAUUUUUUUUUUCACCUCAUCAUUUCAGUGUCAUUGCAAUAUGUUUCUUACAGUUACCGUUCUUGUUUGUUGUUUAGUAAAUACACAUUACUGUCUUCUGUCUAGGCUCCAGAUUCCUUCAGACGUCUCACAACACAAGUUCUCAUCUACUUCUACCAAAAUUAAAGAUGAGUCCCUGCUCCCAGUGCCAGUGCUAAUAGAGUUGUACGGCGAUCCAAGGUUUCAUCCCAAGGUAAAGGUCAAGUUGACCACGCCUAGCUCUGUCCUCAAUCUCGAUCUGACCAAGGUGGAGACAAUCCUUCACCAUGAUGCCAAGGUCAUUACAAUCCUUCCUGAUUCUAAAGGCCAACCGGACUUCCAAAUAGAUGACAUCCAGUCAGACGUCAAAAGAAUAUCAAACCAAUUCUUUCACAACGCUGAUUAUGGCACGGUGGUCAGUCUGAGGCGGCACCAUGAUGGACAGUAUCACAUGGAAGGUCAUUUAGACCGUGUCAUCGUCAUAGCUCCACCUUCGUCUCGGACAAGACAUCCCCGUGCCCUAGAUACUCAAAGCCACACCUUGUAUACAUCAUGGGACACCUACUAUCUGGACAACAACCAACCGGACAUCUGGAACUUAAAAGAACACGUGAAAAGAUACAAUCACAUGCUGAGUCUGUUCGGAAACGACUUUGGAAAACUUUCCAACACAACUAUGCAUUUCGGGGUCCCGAAGUCCAACAGAUCUGGAAACAGAUUCUUGGAAGAUGUGACAAGGAAAGCAGACGACGCUAAAAGGGAUCUAGUCCACGAGUCUGAUGACGACAGCUCAGAGGAUUAUAUAGAAGUCCCAGCAGAGUUUGAAGACAAGAAGAACUGGGAGAAAGAUGGCGAUGGCAGAGCACAGAGACGAGCAGACGACAGAGAAGACAGAGGAAAAAGAAAAGACUGGAGAAGAAAGUUUCGAAGAAACAGCAACGGAAAACUCAAAGACCGAGAUCUAGACCAGAAGUAUCAGUUCGGAGAAAACUAUUUUUAUCCAGAUGACCAGAUGAAUGUAGACUUUAUGAGUUUGAUGACUUCUAGGUCAGGGUCAACACGACACAGGCGACAAACAUUAACAGAGUGGGCAGCCUUCGACCUCCCGAGCCUAUUUCAUUGGAACUCGUCAAAUUUGUAUAGAUCUAAUCACGACUAUGUUGUAGAGGUGAUGGUGGUCGUUGAUGCACGUGCCUAUCAAGAGUUCCAGUACGAUUGGUCAACUCUGCAGGUCUAUUUGUUACAUUUCUGGCAAUCUGUAAACACAAGAUUCAAAGAAUUGGUGAAUCCAAGCGUCACCCUGAAAAUAAAGUCAAUUAAUAAAAUAAUUUUUUCAGGUUUUCAGCCUUUCAUCGAAAAUAACCGCAUUGAGCCCGGGUCGGAACUAGUGGAUGUUAACGGCGUUCUGAUGGACUUUAUGACCUAUACUGGGCAGCACUAUGAGUCCAAUCCUUCUUUACCUGACCAUGACAUAGCCAUUCUACUGACUGGUGAAGACUUGUGCAAGAAAAAGUCUGACGGGACUUGGUCACAAAAGACAAAAGGUAUCGCCUUCAUUCGAGGAGGCUGUAUAUCCUCUCGACGUUUUCUGAAUCAAAGCUAUGACCUAGGUGUUGCCGAGGUAGGUCCCGGUUUCAGGGGAGUACUAACGGCGGCUCAUGAAGUGGGUCAUUUACUUGGCGCCUUCCAUGACGGAGAGAAGAACUCUUCUGAUUGUCCCUCUACCAGCGGCUACAUCAUGAGCAGUACAUGGACGGAUCCCUAUGUCUACAACCGAUUCUCAAACUGUUCCAAACAGAACUUAAAACAUUUCCUGGAAAGAACCUGGUAUUCUGAAUGUCUUCUUAGCUCUGAUUCUAACUAUACAUCAGGCUACAACGUACCUACACAAUUACCUGGACAGCUGUACACUCUAGCAGACCAAUGCCAGCACUUUAUAGAGGGCACGCCUUGCAAGAACGUCGCCCUGGACUCGCAAUGUGGUCAGUUAUGUUGUGAGAAGUGGUCGCAGCCAUUCACCAGCAAAGAGCCAGCAGCAGAUGGCACAGUGUGUGGGGACAGGAAGAUGUGUUACAAUGGGGAAUGUUUGCAUCAGGCUCUGAUACCCUUCCAGUGAGGACAAAGACAUUUUAAAUAGCUGCCGGAAAGUUCAUAUGUUUUCAUAUCUCUUACAAUUAAAUUCAUUAACAGAUUGAAAUGUGGAACUUAUGAUUUAAUAUUAAAGUGACACAAUAAAAGAUGUUACAAAAAUGAAA